AUGACUUCCUUUCAGGCCACUUACCUCACGAUUCCUGGCUCAAUUGCCUUUACUCAAUCCCGAAGCCGCUCCAUUGCAGCAACCAUCGGUGUGAAGGAUGUGCGGGCCCAGUGGAUUCAUUAUGUUCAUGCUGCUGGGGAUUUGCAGCAAAGCGAGCGCGCGGUUCUAGAACAGCUUCUUCAUUACGGAGAUAUUGCAGGUGUGCCGGGCUCCUUUGAGUCAACAGACGGGUCAUUCAUUGAUUAUCACAUUAGCCCGCGAACGGGCACAAUUUCGCCGUGGAGUUCGCAAGCUACUGGUAUAUCUCAUGUCUGUGGCCUCAAAAAUACUAUCAAGCGUAUUGAACGCGGUUUGCGAAUCUCGUGUCUGCUUGCUGAAGACCGAAAAGAGUUGGAUAAAGCUGCUUUGGACGUUCUUCACGAUCGAAUGACUCAAAUGAUAAGUCAAGAUGAGCCAGAUCUUCACCUCAUGUUCUCAGAACAUCAGCCUCUUCCCCUUGAAACGAUACCGCUUUACGGUGAGAGCAAGUCCCCGAUUGAGGUGCUACAAGAGGCAAACACCCGACUUGGUUUGGCAUUGGACCAAUCUGAAAUCGAUUACCUGGUGGAUGCCUAUGCGUCUGGUGGCCCAGUGGGACGGCCUCCUACCGACGUCGAGUUGUUUAUGUUCGCUCAAGUUAACUCCGAACAUUGCCGUCAUAAGCAGUUCAAUGCUACCUGGAUCAUCGACGGCAAGGAGAAGCCUCACACUCUGUUUGGAAUGAUCAGGAAUACCCACAAACAGCAUCCAGAAUACACUAUUAGUGCAUAUAGCGACAAUGCUGCUGUCCUGGAAGGAGAAGUAGCUGGUUAUUGGGCGCCCAACCCACUCAAUGGAGAAUGGACUCAAACAAAAGAGCAGGUUCAUUUCUUGGCCAAAGUUGAAACACACAAUCACCCCACCGCGGUGUCGCCUUUUCCUGGCGCCGCAACUGGAUCCGGAGGUGAAAUCCGUGACGAAGGAUCUGUCGGCAGAGGUUCAAAACCGAAGACAGGUCUUACUGGUUUUUGCGUUUCUGAUCUAUUGAUUCCUGGACAUAAGCAGCCUUGGGAACUUGACGUUGGAAAGCCCAAUCAUAUCGCAAGCAGCUUGGAUAUUAUGCUUGAGGCUCCAAUCGGAAGCGCCGCGUUCAACAACGAGUUUGGAAGACCAUGUACUGCCGGUUACUUCCGAACCCUCCUUACCAGAAUCGAUAUCGGGAAUGGACAUUCAGAACUCCGAGGCUAUCAUAAACCCAUCAUGAUUGCGGGAGGUGUUGGAACUGUAAGGCCGCAACACGCACUUAAAAACCCACACGCUGUCAAACCGGGUUCAUUUUUAGUGGUCCUUGGCGGACCGGCUAUGCUCAUCGGGUUGGGUGGAGGUGCAGCCUCCAGCAUUGCAUCUGGGGAAGGAUCUGCUGAUCUCGACUUCGCUAGUGUCCAGAGGGGAAAUGCAGAGGUCCAGCGGAGAGCACAGGAAGUUAUUAACGCCUGCACGGCCAUGGGAGCCGAUAACCCCAUCAAGUUCAUCCAUGACGUCGGGGCAGGAGGUUUAUCUAAUGCUCUACCUGAGCUAAUUCAUGAUGCUGGCCUCGGAGCAAAAUUUGAGCUCCGUGAAAUUGACACGGCUGAUAGAGGUAUGAGUCCUAUGCAGAUAUGGUGCUGUGAAGCUCAAGAACGAUAUGUUAUGGCUGUCGGUGAGGAAGGGAUGAAUAAAUUUACCGCGAUCGUGAAACGGGAACGCUGUGGUUAUUCCGUUGUUGGCCGCGGGCUGGGACAGCCUGAAGAAGACAGGAGGCUUAUUCUUCUUGACCGGGAUUCGAAAAACCAACCCGAUCCAAUUGAUCUCCCCCUUUCGGUCCUCUUCGGCAAACCACCGAAAAUGACGAGGAACGUAACAUCUAGACAACUUUCUCUUCCUCCUUUCGACUCUAGCCUUCAGACUUACUUGCCCAACAUCCCUAAGGAUGGCCUGCUUAGCGAAGCCGUUACUAGAGUCCUCAAUCUACCGGCUGUUGGUUCGAAAUCGUUCCUCAUCACCAUUGGCGAUAGAACCGUAGGUGGACUCACGGCAAGGGAUCAAAUGGUUGGGCCUUGGCAAGUUCCCGUGUCAGACGUGUCUGUUACGGCAACAUCAUUGCUGCAAGGGAUGAGAACUGGUGAAGCUAUGGCUAUGGGAGAGAAGCCGACCUUGGCCCUAAUUUCGCCAGCUGCUUCUGCAAGAAUGGCCGUCGCAGAAUCUAUCCUGAAUAUCGCUGCUGCAGAUUUGCUUGGUCAAUUGGCCCGUGUCAAGCUCUCUGCCAAUUGGAUGUCAGCCGGAAGCCAUCCCGGAGAAGGUGCUGCGAUAUACGAAGCUGUUGAAGCCAUUGGAUUGGGUUUAUGCCCACAGCUGGGUAUUAGUAUACCUGUUGGAAAAGACUCGAUGUCAAUGAAGAUGAAAUGGAGGGAUGAGAAAUCUAAUGAGCCGCUUGAAGUUACAGCCCCCUUGUCUGUAGUGAUCUCAGCAUUUGCGCCCGUUGGCGACAUUCGUAAAACUUGGACACCAGCCCUCCGCAGCUUCGAGGAAGUGGGAGAAACCGUGAUUAUGUUCGUUGAUCUAUCAUUUGGUCGUAAGGCCCUUGGAGGAUCCGCACUGGCACAGGUGUUCGGACAAGUGGGAAAUCAAUGCCCAGACGUCCAUGAUGUUGAACUUCUGAAAGACUUUUUCGACGCUACCCAACAGCUCCAGGAAGCCGACAUUGUCCUUGCAUACCACGAUCGAUCCGAUGGAGGCCUUUUCACAACUCUUGCCGAAAUGAUGUUUGCUGGUAGGUGUGGAGUUCAAAUUAUGCUUGAUGAUAUAUGUCAAAGCUCCGAUACCCACCACGCUCUCGAGACUCUUUUCAAUGAGGAACUUGGUGCAGUAUUCCAGGUCCGUAAGAAGCAUGAAACUCAAUUCCGAAGCUGCUUUUCAACUUGUGGCCCCCCACCUGGAUUGAUAUUCCGAAUCGGUCGGGUAUCCGACAAAUCCAAGCAAAACCUGGCCAUUUAUCAUGAUUCCACUUUGAUCUAUCGGAAUUCCCGAGCCCAGCUGCAACAGACAUGGGCCAGCACAUCCCACCAAAUGCAACGACUCCGCGACAAUCCCACAGCCGCAGAUCAAGAGUACGAAAAUAUCCUUGACGACAAAGAUCCUGGCCUGUCAUACAACCUCACUUUUGACCCCAAGGAAUCAAUAUUGCCAUUAAUGACUAGCCUUACCUCACGCUUUUCCCCCUUCUCUACGAAACCUCGAGUUGCAAUCCUCCGCGAACAGGGCGUGAACAGCCAAGCUGAGAUGGCCUUCGCUUUCAACAUGGCCGGCUUUACUGCCGUCGACGUGCACAUGACAGAUAUUAUAUCUGGACAAGUGUCCCUCACAUCUUUUGUCGGCAUCGCAGCUUGUGGCGGCUUCUCAUACGGUGAUGUCCUGGGUGCAGGCCAGGGCUGGUCCAAAUCAGUUCUCCUGCAUAAAGAAACCCGGAACGAAUUCCAAUCCUUUUUCCAGCGUCCAGAUACUUUUGCUCUCGGCGUUUGCAACGGUUGCCAGUUCCUUAGCCGUCUCAAGGAACUUAUCCCUGGCGCCCGGCACUGGCCUAGCUUCGAACGAAACGAGAGCGAACAGUACGAAGGCCGUGUUUGCAUGGUAGGCAUCAGCGAUCCGGACCCAACAACUCCCAGCGUUUUCCUUCACGGCAUGCACGGCUCCAGCCUGCCCAUUGCCGUCGCGCAUGGCGAGGGCCGCGCAUCGUUCACAAACUCGAGUUCGGACGCAGAGAGUCUUGUGAAUCAAAAUCUCGCCCCGAUCCGCUAUGUGGAUAACUCCUCGCUGAAACCUACGAUGAGAUACCCUUUCAAUCCUAAUGGUAGCCCAGGAGGUAUAGCGGGAGUCCGAACUCCGGAUGGUAGAGUCCUGGCUCUUAUGCCGCAUCCAGAGCGGACUGUCAUGGCGGGGAUUGGAAGUUGGAUACCGCCCGACAAGGUAGAGGAAUGGGAUGAUAUUGGUCCAUGGGGGAGGUUUUUCUAUAGUGCAAGAAGAUGGGUUGGCUAG